UGUUUGACCAACUAACCACCCACAUAGACAAACAGUUAAUUGUAAGUUAAAUGUCAAUAAAUAUAUAGUUAUCCAUAAGCAUCAUUCAUCGUCUAUUGUCCCAUUAUAAUAUAUAAAAAUUAGAGUUAACGGCUUCAAGAUAACCCUUUCGACACCAAACAGCAAAAUAAACUUCAAUCGACACUAGAUCCUUGUUGUUCCAACUAUCAACGCAUUAUGAAGCGCUACCUGAUCAUUUUCGCAACUUUAUCGAUUUUAUCAGGUAUCCCAAGUACACUUGAACGUGCAAACAUAAGCAGAAUAGGAGUUGAAAGAAGUGUCAAUAGGUUGGACAGGAGACAGUUCAAUAAUCGCACAGAAAAUAUAAAAAAUAUCGCAAGGCAAAAGCCAGAAGUAAAGAUUGGGAAUAUGACAACUACUAGAGGUAUUUCAGAGAAAAAUAUGUUGGAAAGAAAGCACAAAACAAGUGCUGCGAACAAUAAUAACAUAUUCAAUUCGAAAAAAGGGAAACAAAUAGAUACAAAAAGGCAAGACCAAAGUGCAGGAAAAAGUAUGUCGGAUAGACAGUAUAAAAGAUAUUCCAUGAGUAACAGAAGCAAAAUCUUUAUCACUGAUAAACCUACAGUAGAAAAAAGAAAUGUUAUCAUUUCUAAAAGUAAUGAUACUACGGCACAUACAACUACUGUGGAAGCAAGGAAUGUCAGUACCGCAAGAAUUGAAUAUAAAUUGUUAAAGAAGCCGCACAAUUUGUUCAUUGGGCGAUGUUAUCCCAAGAAGUACCCGGUGUUGCAUCAAGAAAAUGUUAUUGUUACUAACGAUGAAAAAAGUCACGUCACUGCCAAAAUCAAGAUGAUUGUGGCCGGUGACGUGUACAUAACCUGCGCCAACGUCUACGAUCAAGGCGCCGAAGGUGAAGAGUCUUACCCUACUUAUUCAGGAGGCGGAGUUGGCCGGAACUUCAUCGAGUUUGACGUAUUAACUCAGUAUGGGAAAGGUUUCAAAGUUUUUGUUCAGAUAUUUGGGUACAGAAAAGACGAGAUCAGCAGAGAUACUGAUAAGCAGAAGAAUAUUAGUGACAGUGUGGGAUACGGUUUUGAAAAAUGAAAGAAAAUCAAUGUGAAUUGAACAAAGCAUAAUUUGCAACGUACGUAGUGUGAAAAACUGAAUUUUUUAUUUGUACAGAGUAACAUAUGGUUUUAAUAAUAAAAAUAUGGCGUGAAGUAGUUUGAUAACACAAUUGUUCGAUCAGCUAUUCCGUGCUGCCUUCUGCAAACUUCCAUCCAAAG